AUGGCCGCUCUCCGCUCCUCGUCCGCUCGAAUCCUCGGCUCAGCUGCCGCCCGGACAGCCCUGCGGCCCAGCACCGUCUUUGCGCGCUCCAUGGCCUCGGCCAGCGACACGCCCGUCGAGCAGCACUCCCAGAUGAAGACCUUCCAGAUCUACCGAUGGAACCCGGACACGCCCAGCGAGAAGCCGCGCAUGCAGUCCUACACUAUCGACCUGAAGAAGACGGGGCCCAUGAUUCUCGAUGCAUUGAUCCGCAUCAAGAACGAGCUUGACCCGUCUCUAACCUUCCGGCGGAGCUGCCGCGAAGGCAUUUGUGGUAGCUGCGCCAUGAACAUUAACGGCCAAAACACCCUGGCCUGCCUAUGCCGGAUCCCCGCAGAGUCUCAGGCCGACGUCAAGCUCUACCCGCUGCCUCAUACCUACGUCGUCAAGGACCUUGUGCCCGACUUAACGCACUUUUACAAGCAAUACAAAUCCAUCAAGCCCUUCCUUCAGCGAGAUACCCCCGAGCCCGAUGGCAAGGAAUUCCGUCAGUCAAAGGAGGACCGCCGGAAGCUGGAUGGUCUGUAUGAGUGCAUUCUCUGCGCCUGCUGCUCGACGUCGUGCCCCUCCUACUGGUGGAACUCCGAGGAAUACCUUGGCCCUGCCAUCCUGCUGCAGUCAUACCGGUGGUUGAUUGACACUCGAGACGAGCGCAAGGCCGAGCGCAAGGCCAACCUGGAGAACUCGAUGAGCCUGUACCGGUGCCACACCAUCCUUAACUGCACGCGCGCCUGCCCCAAGGGUCUCAACCCAGGCAAGGCGAUAGCUGAGAUUAAGAAACAAAUGGCCCUAGGCGUAUAG